GCCAUUUUAAUUGAAGUGCCGAAUGUAAAAACGUGUGUGUGAAAAUCUUAACAAUUUUCACAAUAAACCAUUGCCCGAGGCAGUAGUGUUUCGUUUUAUUAUUGUAGACACUUUUCCUCAUCUUCUUUGUUUUUGUACCAUUUUUUUUUACAAAUCGUAAUUUUUUUUUGUAAAUUUUUAAAAUUCGGAAGUGAGAAAGAAUUGAAUAUUCUUAUAAAAUUUAACUCAUAACGAUGGCACAAGAAGGAAACUCGGAUUUCGCCUCAAAAUUUUCCACAUUGAAUGUUAACGCCAUGGAAUUUGUGCCGAGUUUUGCAUCAAAUGUUCCAGCGCCCGCUGCACCAACAUCAGCCGCACCCCCAACUCCAAACGUAGAACCGGCGGAAACAGAGCCAAAAUCGCAAGAUGCAUCACCCACAAAAACAACAGACGAUGAACCGCCUGUCGCUGUUGCAGCACCGUCGGAAACAAUUGAAGAUAAAUCGCCUGAUAAUCCUGAGAGCGAAGCACUUGACAGUUGGGAAGAUGAAGUGGCAACAACACCAGAAGAUGAGGAAGGUGAUGAAUUGGGUGAUGGAAUUGAAAACAAACCAAAAGUUAUCAAGAAAAAGCCUUCACUUGUAGAAGAAAACAAAAGCAAAAAAGAGCAUGUGAACGUUGUUUUCAUUGGUCACGUUGAUGCUGGAAAAUCAACAAUUGGUGGACAAAUUAUGGCUCUAACUGGAAUGGUUGACAAACGUACAUUAGAAAAAUAUGAGCGUGAAGCUCGUGAAAAAUCACGUGAAAGUUGGUACUUGUCAUGGGCAUUGGAUACAAAUCAAGAGGAACGUGAUAAGGGAAAAACAGUCGAAGUUGGUCGUGCAUUUUUUGAAACGGAGAAGAAACAUUUUACCAUUUUGGACGCACCAGGUCACAAAAGUUUCGUACCAAAUAUGAUUGGUGGUGCGGCUCAAGCCGAUUUGGCUGUUCUCGUAUUGUCCGCACGUAAAGGUGAAUUCGAAACUGGUUUCGAUCGAGGCGGUCAAACGCGUGAACAUGCUAUGUUAGCAAAAACCGCUGGUGUCAAGCAUUUGGUUGUUCUUGUCAAUAAAAUGGAUGAUCCAACGGUAAAUUGGGACGAAGGACGUUACAACGAAUGCAAAAAUAAUAUUCUGCCAUAUUUGAAAAAACUCGGUUUCAACAUUGCAAAAGAUUUGACAUUUAUGCCGGUGUCCGGUCAACAAGGUCUUGGCCUGAAAGAUGUUGUACCAUCUGAAAUUUGUAGCUGGUAUUCAGGACCGUCAUUCAUUGAUUUUAUCGAUGCUUUGCCAUCGAUGAACCGUAAAUCAGAUGGACCAUUCAUUAUGCCUAUUGUUGAUAAAUAUAAGGAUAUGGGAACGGUGGUCAUGGGCAAAGUUGAAUCGGGAACGGCGAAAAAAGGACAAAAUUUAUUGGUCAUGCCAAACCGAACGCAAGUCUCAAUCGAUCAACUGUGGUCCGAUGAUUUUGAAGUCACCUCGGUUUGUCCCGGCGAAAAUGUUAAAAUUAAAGUUAAGGGUAUCGAAGAAGAAGACGUUUCGCCUGGUUUUGUGCUAUGCGAUUCGUUGACUCCAAUCAAGGUUGGCCGCAAAUUUGAUGCUCAAUUGGUGAUCUUAGAACAUAAAUCAAUUAUUUGUGCGGGCUACUCAGCUGUUAUGCAUAUCCAUUGUGCCGCUGAAGAAAUUACAGUCGCUGCAUUGCUUUGCUUAGUUGACAAGAAAACUGGUGAAAAAUCAAAAACCCGGCCACGAUUUGUAAAACAAGAUCAAGUAGCAAUUAUGAGAAUCGAGUGCUCUGGUCUAAUUUGCCUUGAAGAAUUUAAAACAUUCCCACAAAUGGGACGAUUCACCCUAAGAGAUGAAAAUAAAACAAUCGCUAUUGGCAAAGUUCUCAAAGUAAUUGAGUAAACUGAUUAAAAUUGAAAAGGAAAAAAUGUUGGAUUGGAAUAGACCAUAACACACAGAGAAUAUCUCAAAUAAAAAGAUGAACACAUUUAAAUGGAUACACUAAAAUUGUAAACUACAUACCAUUGUACUGCAGAUCACGAAUAUCACAAUCGACGCUUUUUUGACAAAUAAUUUCCAAUUCCUACAAACAAAAAUACCAGUUCCGAAUAAAAAAGAAAACUUACUCUGUUAUUGCAUA